UAAAUUGAGUUCUCUUCCCGCGCAAAAGGAUUCUAAUUUCUAUAAAUCUUGGUUUUCAAGCAUUUCCUCAAGAACAGCUUACCUCCAGAGGCUUGGCGAAACUUGAUCUCAAGAAUGGCCACGGCAUCGCAAGGUCAAUGUCUGGGUUCUAGUUCAGAUACAAACUGUUUAGUGGACUUUCGAGAGAGGCUUCUGACUAUUGAUUCAAACCUGGGGGUCAAGGAUGUGGAGCACCUGAAGUUUCUCUGUCAAGGCUUUGUCUCCCUCAAGAAGUUAGAGAAGUCCAGCUCAGCCUCGGAUAUCUUUGAACAACUCCUAGCACAAGAGCUACUAAGUGAGGAAGAUCCUUUCUUCCUUGCGGAACUCCUUUAUAUCAUCCGGCAGAAAUCACUGCUGAAGCACCUCGGCUACACCAAAGAGCAAGUGAUGGAUCUGCUGCCCAGCGGAAGGAAGAUCUCUCCAUUUAGAGAGCUGCUCUACCAACUGUCACAAGAGAUUGACACAGAGACCUUAAAGAACAUUAUCUUCCUUCUGGGAGACUCGAUUCCCAAAACCCCGAUGACCUCUCUAAAUUUACUCGACUAUCUAGAGAAACAAGGUAAAAUAGCCGAAGAUGAUCUGACAUUACUGGAGAACCUCUUUAAAACAGUUGCACCUAAACUUAUAAAAAUGCUAGAGACGUAUAAAGGAGAGAGAGCUGCCCAGUUAGUGACGCCUCCUGUCGAUACGGAAACUGAGUCAUUGCAUCAAGGAGAGCAAGAACUGUUAUCUGGAUCUGACACUAAAAAACUCCUUGAAGCCUUACCGGAGACAGCUGUGUACAGUAUGAACAGGAAAUACAGAGGCCACUGUGUCAUUGUCAACAACCACAAAUUUACAGACAGACCAGGGACCGACAACGAUGCCCUAAAAGACAGACCAGGGACCGACAAGGAUGCUGAGUGCCUUACACAAGUGUUUGAGUGGCUCGGCUUCACAGUGUGCCAGUAUGAUAAUGUGACCAAAGAGGUCAUGGACCAGGUUCUUCAGGAGCAGAAGCGUGAUCCAGACCAUGAUGACAGGGACUGCUUCGUGUUCUGUGUUCUGACCCAUGGAGAUUUGGGGGCUGUCUACUCUUCAGAUGGGGUCCUCAUUCCCAUUCGGAAGAUCACGUCUCACUUCACAGCCGAACAGUGCCCUGGACUGCGUGAAAAACCUAAGCUCUUUUUCUUCCAGGCCUGCCAAGGUGUAAUGACACAGUCCUCUGUAGCCAUUGAAGCAGAUGCCUGGAACCCUGAGCACACACUUAAGCAGAGCAUUCCUAAAGAGGCAGAUUUCCUGCUUGGGAUGGCCACUGUCCCCGGCUGUAAGUGCUUCAGGGACGUGGAGAAAGGCAGCUGGUAUAUUCAGUCUCUAUGCAAUUGUCUGAAGAAGUUGGUCCCAAGAGGUGAAGACAUCUUAUCCAUCCUCACUGUUGUCAACCAUGAUGUGAGUCGACAAACAGAUGAAUGGGGAACAAAGAAGCAGAUGCCCCAGCCUGCUUUCACACUAACGAAGAAACUAGUAUUCCCGGUUCCACAGGGAGCGUUUCAGGGCUAGAGUUUUCAUCGUCUCUUAUACUUGAAAGAUGUGUGCCUUUGCUCUGCAGCCUCCCACCCAGCACAAGAAUUGGUGGUGGAUGGUCUGCUAGUCUCCAUUUGAUCUUCUAGUGAUAGGAAACAACCUUUUUUUCAGACCCAGUAAGUUCUGUUUUUUCUUUUCCUUUUGACAAGUCUACAUGUUGAAAAACUUUCUUUUCUGAAGGCUUGAAUUGUCCCCCUUGGUUUUGACUGUGUACCCUGAUGACAGAAUACUUGGCCUUGGCUUACAUAUCUGUGAAAAGCAAAGUGGAACCACAUGCAUUUAAGGUUCCCUUGAGCUCAAAGAACCACUGUUCUUAGCCUAGACCAAGCUUAGAUUUCCCCUCUCCAGAGUUCCCCUUCCCCCUCUUGGUUAUAGUUCUGAGUCCCCUCUGCAUGGAGUUGUAGAUGGGACAGUGAGGACAUAUUCCACUCACCUCCCUCUGCUCUCCCCUUUCCUAAGGCUGCUCUUCUGUACAUGUAGGAAGUAAAAAUUCGGUCCAUGCCCAGCCCUUUUUCUGUUUAUUUUUUUAUUUUUUUUA